ACCUUGUUUUAAUUCGGUUUUAAUAUAAAAAAAUAAAAAAAAUAAAAAUAAAAAUAGAUAUAUAUAUAUAUAUAUAUAAAUGAGUGAGUUGUGUUGCGUCUGAAGCAAGUGAAGUAGAGAGAGAAAGAGAAAAGAGAGUAAUUGGGUUUUUGGAAUGGCGAGUUCAAAAAAUUCAGAUGAGUCAGAGAAGCCACAACCAGUGAUGUUGGUUGCAAUCGAUGAGAGUGAGCACAGUGCAUACGCUCUGAAAUGGACUCUGGAUCACUUUUUCAACAACAAUAGUUCUGCUUUCAGGCUUGUUCUGGUUCAUGCCAGACCUUCCGCUACUUCUUCUGUUGGUCUCGCUGGCCCUGUGUACACAGGAGCUGCUGAGAUUUUGCCCAUUGUUGAUUCUGAUUUGAGAAAGAUUGCUGCCAGAGUUGCUGAUGCUGCUAAACAACUUUGCAUUAAGAAAUCGGUAAAUGAUGUGAUAGUGGAGGUGGUGGAAGGUGAUGCUAGAAAUGUUAUUUGUGACACAGUGGAGAAGUACCGUGCUUCAAUAUUGGUUGUGGGUAGUCACGGUUAUGGGGCUAUAAAAAGGGCGGUUUUAGGUAGUGUGAGUGACUAUUGUGCUCAUCAUGCUCAUUGCACUGUGAUGAUUGUGAAGAAGCCCAAAACCAAACACUGAUCUAUAUUGGCAUGUCAUACAAAAAUAAAUAUAUAAUCCUUUCAGCAAAAGUAAAAUAACAAUGUUGGCAGCCAGAAAGUUUGUGACUUAGUUUAUCCUAUGGGCUAUGGCAUGUUAGCUUUGUAGUUUAUGAUAGAAAAUAUUAAGUGUUUGGAUUGUUGAUGUAUAUGAAAAAUUCUUAUAUUACUGUGUCUAAUAAUUGUUUUUUUCCCUGAAAAAUUACUGUUUUUUGUCUUGAUAAUUCAUGAAUGUGAUAAUGGGCUUAUCCUGUUUGAAGAAUAAAUUGUUAUUGGUUGAAUAAAAUAAAUUGA